AUGCGGUCUCUCGUUUUUGUUGGCGUUUGCCUGCCGCUCAUUUCGGGAUCGCCAGUUGACAUCCUUCGCUCUGAUCUAUCCCCUCGUCUUGUCACCAGCAUUGAGCAGGCCUCCUGUGGCGUGGUUGGGUACAAGCCAGACCCGAUUCUUACAAGAAGUCUGAAAUGUCGUUUGGUUGAUUGUCAGGAGCUUUGCUCUGCCAUUGCUGGCUGUCAGAGCUACGCACAGAGCAGCGCCAGAUGUCUUCUGUUCUCUUCCCCUGUUGCUGAAGGAUUCCAACAAGACUCAGCAUCUCCAUUUACCUAUUACGAUAUUGACUGCUCUACGCCCAUGACUUCAAGCACUGAAACUCUGCCCGAAACCACCGACAGCGUUACUACCGAGUUGUCCACAUCGGGUACAGAGGUCACUGCAACUUCAAACCCGCUGCCCUCGUCGACAACAGCUACCUUUGUUACAGAAAUCAGCACAGAAUUAGCCUCUGCAUCUAUUUCAGCCUCCAGUGGGACGAUCUCCACGACAAAAACUGACCUCACAACAGAUCCAGAGAGCGCGAGUACUUCGGUGUCCAGCGAUAUUACCUCAACAGCAAUCACGCUCAGCUCAAAUACCGAAACAACCACUACGGGAGAUGCAACAACCAUAGCUGCAGGCGAAUCUACCACUGCCACUUCAAGUACACCUACUGUCUAUAUCAUCCGUCUGGUGAAUCCAGACGAGUCUACCUUUGGUUAUGUGUCCACUGCCCCAGGCCACAAUCGUUUAUCUGGCCCCAAAGAGGAAGCAUUGGAGAUUCGGAUAUCUGCACCUGAGCCAGGUGCCACUUCUCAAUUGGAUUUCGUCCAUGCUGAGACCUUCGGUGGCCUCACACGCUUAUGUGCCGUUCAGAGUACCCAUAACGCAAAUGCCGACUUGGGGCCAGACUCGUCUUUCUACAACUACCUUUCUACAUGUACUCCUAGUCCUCCCGGUAGCCCACCAGCCUAUUUUUACCACGCUUGGACUAACUGGGCUGAACUUCAUCGAUAUACGUUGGCAGCUGAAUCAGCUAUUUGGAUCGUUAACCCUGACACUCUAGAGGUCACUGCUUCUUGGAUAAAUACCGACGGAUCCGCUCCUCCUACUACCCUCUUUAUCCCUGAAACUUCCAACUGGAUCGGUAUGACUGGUAGUCUGUCUGCACUGCAGGCUGCCUUUCCAAACCAGCCAUACAGACGCAUCAAGUUGGUUCUUGAGCCAAUCUCGUAGGUGGCUUCAAGUUCGGAGCAGGACGACCUACAAGGUCGGCGUUUGGAUAUUGACCCGCGUAUCAAUUUAAUUCACAAAUGAUAUCAACUUCUCUUUCGACCGACUUCAUUGUGGAGGGAUGUGUCAUCUUUUCGGAAGUACCUUAGAACUGGCGCGGCGUGGCCGGAAGUUUGUCCAAAGUCCAAGAUGCUUUCACCGAUGGGCCUUUCCGUCGGAUCAAGUUAGUUCUGGAAUCAAUGUUAUUGAUGGC